GCUGGUUCAGCGAAUCAUGUGUAUACGUUUGAUUCUUUUAUAAAAUCGAUUGUAUCAUAUACACAGGUGACAAUCACUAUAGCAACAAUUGCCAAACAGUAAUGCGCUCCGUAUUGUUGUGUAUACUCAUGUUAGAUGCGAUGGUACUCUUGCGAUGAUCAUUGUAACCAUUAUCAAAUAAUGCACGCGUUGAAAUUAGUAAUGAUAGGACCAGCUGGGAGUGGGAAAACCACGAUAGCGAAUUUUUUGGCUGAUGCCACGGAAAUCCCAUACGAUUAUUAUCCUACUGAAGGAGUCCGGAUACUUGAGUUUGAAGCAAACAAUAUUGAAGUAAACAACGAACUCAUCUUGAGGGACAUUGAACUGUGGGACUGUAGCGGAGAUUAUAAAUUCAAAAAUUGUUGGUCGGCUAUGCGCAAAGGUGUACACGGCGUAAUACUCGUAUAUAGCGCGCAAAUGCAAGAUUCCUCGAAGGAGUUGAAGGAAUUUUACGAUUACUUCGUUGCUGGUUCGAAAUUGGGUCCGAAUAGUUGCGUAAUACUUUACUUUGAUCCCGAUAACGUUACACCAAGUACGUCGAAGAUAAUUUCAUCUAGCUUCUUAAGCGUCUCUCAUGUCAAGUGUAACGUGGAUGAUGGUGGUGAUAAAUUGAAGACUGAUUUUCGCUUGUUCUUAAGCGCCUUGAUGACAAAAAUGCAAGAGGACAAGGAAGAGAAACUGAUAUUGAGCGAUAACAUAUUAUUUGCUAAAUAAUAUAUUAAAGGAGCGAAAGGAAAAUAUUCAGAUUAUUUUACAGAUUACAAAUAUCACAACCGAUUAUAAUCGAUUACAAGUAUCAUUUUGUGAAUAUUUUUUCAUUUGAGCGUAUUUUAUAAGAAUUUUUAGGGUGUAUUUUUUCACUUCUGACGCCAUCAAUCAGAAAUUGCGCACCCAGUAACCAGAAUAUAUUUUAAUAUAUUUUUA